AUGUCGGACAAGCUAUGCUUGCCCGCCAUGACAUCAUCUUCCAAGCUGGAGUUUGUGACCCUGGACGUGUUCACGGCCAAGCCGUAUGAAGGAAAUCCACUGGCUAUUGUGCGAAUCCCGAAUGGCCACAUUCUCAGCCAGGAUCAAAAGCAGACAGUCGCAAGAGAAUUCAACCUCUCAGAGACAACAUUCUUACACGAGAAAACUACAGCCACCGAAGACGAUGAAUGGACAGUCGAUAUCUUCAUGACGACCAAAGAACUUCCCUUCGCGGGUCAUCCGACAGUAGGCACAGCAUGUUAUGUUCUCGGAAGAACUGCUCGGGAGCGCGGUAUUGAAAGUGGCACGAUGAAUGCACAGUUCAACUUAAAAGCUGGGAAGGUAGAUCUGGAAUACGCUGACGACUAUAGCCAUGUUCACAAGAAGAGAUGCAGCAAGAAUGAGAUUUUGGCGUGGCAGCCUCAACUGGCAGAAGCUUACCAACAAGGCAAGACCCAGGCUCACAACGACUUUCCAGUUGUCUCGAUUGUCAAAGGCAUGACCUUUGUUCUAGUCGAACUAGAAAAUGAAGAGGCGCUGAGCAUGGUAUCGCUGGCUGGACAAGCUCUGGUAGUCGACGGCUUGAAUCCGGAUUGGUGCGACGUGUUGACCGGAACGUACUUUUUCGUGCGAACGGGGAAGGGCGAGGACGGAACAAUAAGACUGAGGACAAGAAUGAUCGAGGGGGCUUUGGAAGAUCCAGCGACCGGAAGCGCCGCUAGCGACCUGGCAGCUUAUCUCUCGUUAACAGAAGGUGGGAGCAGUGAGACGUUGAGAUACGAGAUAACACAAGGUGUGGAAAUGGGACGACGGAGCGAAAUCUUAAUCGAGAUCGACUUAACACAGGAUCGGAACAUCUCUAAGCUUUAUCUCAAAGGCGGUGCCGUGGAGGUGAUGGAAGGGCGACUGACCAUCUAA